CACACAUAAAUACAUUAAAAAGUAUUAAUAUCGAAUGCAACAAUUGCCGGUUUUUCGAGUUCGAAAGCUUUUUCCGCUCUGUGUGCUCAGAGAGUAAAUUGUUUUAAUUUCACAACGAAAAAAGCUUGAGACGGUCAUAUUUUUGCUUAGUUUAUUUGUUGGCAGCAGCGAAGCAGCUGCGUUUGUUUAUUUAUUCUUGUCGGAAUCAAAGCCUCGCUCGAGCAAAAUGACGCAGUUGUCGGACGAACAGUUUCGCAUACUCAUCGAAACCAUCAAAUCUUUGGCACCCCAGAAAGAUGAAACAGAGCCGUCCUCAAAAGGCAGCUUCAGCAAUUGUAUAGCCCGAUUUAGCGGGCAGCGGGACCACGAUGCCGUUGAGGUGUUCAUAACGUCAGUGGAAACGUACAAGGAGGUGGAGGGCAUUAGCGACAAGGACGCGCUGAAAGGUAUCACGCUGCUGUUCCAAGGUAUUGCCAUUAUGUGGUGGAAGGGCGUGCGGCGCAAUGUAAAGACCUGGCAAGAUGCAUUGCAGCUGCUGCGGGAUCACUUCUCGCCCACCAAGCCCGCCUAUCAAAUCUACAUGGAGAUCUUCGAAACGAAGCAGGCGACGGGGGAAGUGAUCGACGCCUUUAUUUGCAAGCAACGCGCUCUGCUCGCCAAGCUGCCGGACGGGCGGCACGAUGAGGAGACUGAGCUGGACUUCGUCUACGGCCUAAUGCUGCAAAAGUACAGAGAACACAUGCCACGACAUGAGAUAAAAACAUUUAGAGAGCUGCUCGAGCGUGGUCGCAACGUGGAGCGCAUGCGGCACUGAAAUUUAGCUUUAGGUAGUGGAUAUUUAUAGCUAAAUAAAAUAAUUGUAAGCAUUGCUA